CUUCCGAGUCCUGACAGUGGAUCUAGCGCCAUAGCUCGCUGCCUCUCUCCUGCCAAGUCCUGAGAGUGGGUGGCGCGUCCGUCUGCAGCAAAGACCGAUCCCAAGUUUUGUUUGAAGGUUGAAAGUUUCAUAUUGGAGAGACAUGAUGUUUCCUGUGGAGAUGUUUGCGCACUAUGGGUCCGCGAUCGGCUGGCUGAUGGUCCUACGGAUGAUGCUCCAGCACUACUUGCCAUCCCAACUGCGGGACCUCGUGGACCGAUAUAUCCAGAAGUGGUGGAUGAGCCUGUUCGACCCCCAUGUCCAGAUCUCGUUCCCUCAGUUCGCGGGCCAAAGGAUGAAGAGCAGCGAGGCAUACAUGGCCAUUCAGAACUACCUCACCAAGAAUGUCUCGUCCGUGGCUAGGAGACUCAAAGCAGAUUCCGUCAAAGACAGCCGAUCUCUUGUCCUGAGCAUGGAUGACCAUGAGGAGAUCACCGAUGAAUACGAGGGCGUGAAGGUUCGGUGGUUCUUGAACAAAGAAGAUGCCACCAAGACUUCCUCAGCUUCGUUGUAUGGCGCAACAGAGCCGUCGAGAUUCUACAGACUCACAUUCCAUCGAAAGCAUAGGGAGUUAAUCAUGCAAUCUUACGUGAGGCACGUAUUGACAGAAGGGAAGGCGAUUGAAUCUAUGCAUCGACAGCGGAAGCUGUACUCGAAUGGUGAUGAUCGGUUCUACUCCAGGUGGAGCCAUGUUGUUUUCGAGCACCCGGCAACUUUCGAAACGUUGGCUAUGGAUCCAGACAAGAAGAGAGAGAUAAUGAACGACCUCACAAAGUUCACCCAGGGGAAGGACUAUUAUGCUAAAAUCGGCAAGGCUUGGAAGCGCGGGUAUUUGCUCUACGGUCCGCCGGGAACUGGAAAAUCCACCAUGGUAGCUGCCAUGGCUAAUUUCUUGAACUAUGAUGUGUAUGAUUUAGAGCUCACGGCAGUUAAAGAUAACUCGGAGCUGAGGAGGCUUUUGAUCGAGACUUCAAGCAAGUCUAUCAUCGUGAUCGAGGAUAUUGAUUGCUCUCUCGACCUCACCGGCCAGAGGAGAAAGGACGGGGCCAGCGGCAGCGGCAGCGGGGGCGAGGAUAAGAGCCCACUGAAGAAGCUGACCCAUAAAGAGGAGAGCAGCAGCAGCAGUCAGGUCACUUUAUCUGGUCUUCUCAACUUCAUCGAUGGAAUUUGGUCAUCUUGUGGGGGCGAAAGGUUAAUUGUGUUCACUACAAAUCAUCUGGACAAGCUCGAUCCCGCUCUGAUAAGGAGAGGGCGGAUGGACAAGCACAUAGAGAUGUCGUAUUGCAGCUACGAGGCGUUCAAGGUUCUCGCGAUAAAUUAUCUGAACAUCGAUGACCAUCCUUUGUAUGAAACGAUCGGCCUGCUGUUCAACAAGACCAACAUGACUCCUGCAGAUGUUGCGGAGAACUUGAUGCCCAAGUCCGACGACGAGGAUGUGGAGGCUUGCUUGAGCAACUUGAUACAAGCACUGGAAGCGGCGAAGGAAGAAGCAGCGAAGAAGAAGGCCGAGGAAGAAGCACAGGCCAAAGCUGAAAAGGAAAGGCAGGAGAAGAGGUCAAAAUGGUGGAGGAAGGGUGGGGUAUGGGCGGGGUCUCUGCUAAAGAAGAGCAGAUCAACAACACAAAGAGAGUGACCAUGCAAAGUGGAAGGGAUCAAAACUGAAAUCAGCUAGCAAACUGGAACGGUAGAUACGUUCUUGUUGGCUUCUAGUUUCUAACUUUUUAAGAUUAGGAAGAGCAGAACUUCUAGGAUAGGGGCUUAAAUGAGGGGAGAGUUUAGUGGUCUAGAUGAACUUUUUUCUCAUUCUUACUUUGCAAUUUGGGUUGUGCCUUUGAACUCUUGCAAUUAGUAAAAUUCCUGGGUUA